ACUUGCCUCCUACCUCCUGAUGUUUUGAAUGAUCACGGGUAACAUUAGUAUUAAUGUUUCCGAACAGUGGGGUAAUAACCCUGUAUUUUAGCUCGUUUUAUAGGAUAUAGGUUGCCAUGGACACCACGGAGACUGCAAGCAAAAUCCAGUUUGAUCCCAGAGAGCACCAGCAUCUGAGGUAUAACCCGUUGCGUGAUUCCUGGGUUCUGGUCUCGGCCCAUCGGAUGAAACGGCCAUGGAAAGGGCAGGUGGAGAAGGUGCCGGAGGACAACAUCCCUCGUCAUGACCCCAACAAUCCCCUCUGUCCCGGGAGCACCAGAGCCAAUGGGGAGGUGAAUCCUGAUUAUGACAGCACUUUCCUGUUUGAUAAUGAUUUCCCUGCACUGCAGCAGGAUGCUCCAGAUCCCGGUUCAGAUCAUCAUCCUUUGUUCCAGUCCAAACCUGCAAGAGGUGUUUGUAAGGUCAUGUGCUUCCAUCCGUGGUCUGACAUCACCCUCCCAUUGAUGCAGCCUGGAGAGAUCCGCCAGGUGAUUGACAAGUGGGCGGAGCUGAUCGAGGAGCUAGGCCCCACCUAUCCAUGGGUGCAGAUCUUCGAGAAUAAAGGAGCCAUGAUGGGCUGCUCCAACCCUCAUCCUCACUGUCAGGUUUGGGCCAGCAGCUUCCUGCCUAAUGAACCCGCGCUGGCUGAACGCUGUCAGAGGGAAUAUAAACAGAAGCAUGGAGAGCCCAUGCUGCUGCAGUACGCUCGCAUGGAGGCCCAGGCACAGGAGCGUGUGGUGGUGCAGAAUGAGCAUUGGAUUGUUGUGGUGCCGUAUUGGGCCACGUGGCCUUUCCAGACUCUGCUGCUGCCACGCCGACAUGUUCUGCGUCUUCCUGAUCUCACUUCUGAGGAGAGAGACAGUCUUGCAUGCAUAAUGAAAAUGCUUCUGACAAAAUACGACAACCUCUUUGAGGUCUCCUUCCCCUACUCAAUGGGCUGGCAUGGAGCGCCAACAGGAAGUCAUCUGGAAGAAGACAUGAGCCACUGGCAGCUUCACGCACACUACUACCCUCCCCUGCUCCGUUCGGCUACUGUCCGCAAGUUCAUGGUGGGAUAUGAAAUGCUGGCUCAGGAGCAGCGUGACCUUACGCCCGAACAGGCUGCUGAGAGAUUACGGGCACUCUCUGAGGAGCACUACAAGACCAGAGUGAAGGGGCCGCAGAUUUGAAAAUGGAGGACUUCCUUGUUUAAAGGACCCUGUUAAGGUGGUUGCCCUUUUGCCCCUCCAGUUUAAGCAGGACCUACCAGACUGGAGCUUUUCUUCAACCUUUGUCUUAGACCACUGACUUUCGGAGACGUGACAUUUUCCCAAUUAAGCCAAUUAACAGAGGCACAGCAGAAGGUCCUGUGCGGAUACCAUCAGCAGUUCUGAAUGUGCUACAGUCUGUGUUGUCCUAGCCUGACUCUGUCCUGGCCAUCUGUUCCAGUGCCGGGUGAUAUUUGAGAUGUCGGGCCGAGAAGUUCUUCAGCAUAUUGUAGUGAUUAAGAAUUAUAAUUCAUAAAACAACUUACAUUCAGGUUCUAGAAUUGACGUUUUUUUGUGGUUUGGUUUACUGUUACCUGUUUAUAUGGAUAUAGCCUUCAUCCUUAACCACUGAGCCGCCAAUACCACUUUUUCCAUUUUCCAUGUUGCUGGUGCUGGUCCUGGAACUGGUGUUGUUCAUGGAACCAGGUAUAUUUUUAGGAACUGGUUCACAUUUCCAUCAGAAUCAGAAUUGUGUGUUAUUGACCAAGUACACUAGAGUAUACAAGGAAUUUAGGGAAUCAGUUUGAAAUGGAGUAUCAGUCAGAUCAAUCUUUCUGAUUUCUGUGAGAGCUUCUCUGUUGCCAGAACAACAUGCCCUAAACAUUUCAGGGACAUACCAUUCUGUUAUCAGAGGUGAGAGUUUACUACUGAAUGUCUAGAAAAUAAUAACUGCUAGAGAGGUUUUUAUCAGUUGUACUUCAGAUCCAUCAUCAUAUACCACAAUAAUGCACCAGAUGAGAGAUUAGUGUUAUUGCUUUUAUUAGAGUGCUCAAAUGCUCUGACAUCAGCUGACAUCAAUUUUUCAGGCCCUGGAAAAAACACCAGCACCAUAUCUGUAAAGAAGGGCUAUAUGUGUCAAGGUGCGUUGCCAGAACAUGGCAUUACUGAAGUAUAUAUCUUGUGUUUUUGCUGUGCAGUCUGGAAAAAAAAACCAAGUAAAAAGAUCAGUUCAUGUCACAGUAGUAGAGUAACUGCAAUUUGAUCAGUUCUGAGUCAUCGAAGUCAGAUGAUUUUCUUCUACUGAACAUCUCCUUUAGAUUUAUCUAUCCAAAAAUCAUUGACUCAUGCUCUGUAUUCACGUCUGAUAGUGAAAUAUCAUAAUAUAAUGUCUCCAACAUCUCCAGUAAAUAAAGGAACCUUACAUAUCUGUUGGAUUGUGUCCUUCAUGUGCAAGUUUUUUUUUGUUUUGUUUUUUUUUUUAAGAAUUUUGCUGCUCUUCCUUAUGAACAAGCUCAAGAGUCAGGUAUAUGCACAAAGGACAUUGGGCGAUAACAUUAUCUUUAGGCCAAGGUGGUCAUUUGUCUUCCACCAUAUAUUGGGUCCUUGUCCUGUCAUCUGCUGCCUGAACAUCUUCCCCAGGGAGCUUUGUCGCUCCUUCACGCUGUCCUCUCUGCCCAUCUUUCAUACCGAACUUCUCUGAACUCUACACUUUUCUCAUUAAAAGUGGCACGUUACGGAUGGCUCUCUGCUUCGAGGUGGAGUAUCAAUUCUGAUCGAUCAUUCUGAUUUCCAUGAGAGCUUCACUGUUGCCAGCACAACACGUCCUGAAGCCUUGCAGCACCUCAUCCAUCUCUAGCACAAUUCAUAGGUCACGAGUCCCAUUACCAUCCAAGCCUCUGUGCAAUCCAUAAGGAGAUAUGUGUUUAUUAAAAAGUUUGUCCCUGGAUCAAUCGGGGGGGUGUCCUCUUGGCAGUGAUGCAUGCUAAUAAUGACAGAAACUGUUUUGUUUUUAGGACUUUUAACAAUCUAUAAUGUUGUAGGAUGAGCUUGUGCAUCAUGACAACACCAAACGUCUGUGGAACCCACUUUAUUACUUCUGCCAGGCGAAUGGCUAUAAAACACUACCUUAUCGUAGAUCCACAGGUUAUAUCAUUUUGCUUUGCCUAAAACUUUUUUCUAGUAUUUCAAAUUGUUAAAGUUGGACAUAUUUUUCCAAAUGCGAACUGCAUUCAGGAUCCGAAUACUCAACACUUUUUUAUGCAUGCGUCUUAAAACAAACAUGGCCAAGUUGAUUUACUGCCAUUUAUUUGUACAAUAUUUUGGACCACAUUUGCAAGGUAGGCCAUCUUUCAAAUUCAGAAAGCGUAUCUGACUAUUAAUCAGCAUUGUGUGGACAUGUCAAGGUCAUUUAGCCCUUGUGUCAUCAUAUUAGUCUCUGUACUUCACAGGAUUUGUUCUGGAGAUGGAAUGGUGAAAAGUUCAUGGCAUAUUGCAGUACCUUCUUACAAGUGCAUUUCCAAAGAUUUAGAAUAACAUAAUAUUGCAGUGACAACACAAGUAUUAAAUAUUAUGGUUAGGCCAAAAAAGAUAAGAAAAACUAAUAGUACUGUUUUAUUUGCACCUAAAAUCGCACAAUAAUAAAGAUUGUAUAUGUAUUUAUGGCUCUGUCUCAAUUCUUAUCCUAAGUCCUAAGGUAUUUGUUGACGUGCACACUUUUGUGAUGUUGUAUAAGGGCAGAUGAGAUGGGCGUAAAAUAUAAAGACAUCAGCGUAAUAUGGGAUAUGUUUGAUUCCAGAUAUGCUGUGAAUACAUUUCUGACAUGUAAUGUGAUGCUGAUCAUAUAUCUGUACAGUUCUGAUGUGUAACAUUAACAUUACACCAUAAACUUUUGUGAAUUAACAUUGCUUAAACAAUGUUUUUCAAUAUAAUGACAUUGUGCUUAUAAAGGUCUUACUGUUUUGUACUUGUUGUUAAUAACAUUAAACGUCAUAAAGCAAAGUAGGUUAUAGCCUAUUGCUGCUUGGAUUAUAAAAGUGAACAUAACAACACUAAGGCAAGCUAAAUCUUCCCUUUUCCUGACCUUAUUGUCUUGACAUGCAACAACCGUUUUUAAUCAAGAAUAUCAAGUAAAGAGAUAAAAAAACAUUUCUGUUACACUUAGACUUUUUUAUGUCCAUUUCCCUGUUAUCGGCUCAUGUUUGACACACCACGGCAUUGCAGUGGAACGUCGGCUAAUAGCUUUCACAAAAGUUUACUCGGAUGUGGACAGUGGCUAUGUGACCACAAGUUCAUCAUGCCUAAUGCAUGACCAGCUAGUUCUCUAAGCUGUCAGUUAUAAGGAAAAUAUUUUUCUUAGAUAAACCAAGACAUUAGCUUGCUGAUUAGCUAAUGUUUUUGAAUGCUAAGGCAUAUUAGCAAAGAAAACAAAACUAGCUGACAAACUUAAUAAUCUAAUUUACAAAAUCUAACUAGCUAGCUGAUGUAACAAACUAAAUUACAUAACUUAACUGGCUAGCUAAUAUAACAAAUGUAAAAAUUUGUCUAGCUAGCUAAUGUAAUGAACAGGUUUACGGAAAUUAACUAGAUAAAAAGUUACCAAACUUAGAGUAAACUCAAGUUAGUUUUGAAUGGCAAAUUUUAAAGGACAAUAUUUCACUAUUAUAUGGAAGGCAAAGGUGACGUAACACUUUUGGGGAAAAAAAAAAAAAAAUCUCAUGUCAUUUGAGUCUUUGAGUAUUUUUAUUCCCCUAUAACUUGGUGUUCUCCUAAGUGGAACUAAACUUCCUAGCUAUGAUUUGUUCUGAAAACCUUCUUAAGGAAAUGCUGAGAGAAACUUUUACCAAGCAAGUGGAGGGUAAGAGGAAGUGUGGGUUUGGAAUGAAU